AUGGAAGGGCUCAAACUCCCUAUGGCAACUUUUUCGCCAUUGUAUACUGAUUUCAAAUAUUUUAUCAAAAAUGAUUCCAACUCGUCAUUUUUAGCUGGUGGAAUCGCUGGUGCGGUUUCUCGAACUGUGGUGUCGCCAUUUGAGCGUGCUAAAAUUCUAUUACAGUUACAAGGUCCAGGGUCCCAGCAGGCAUAUGAAGGCAUGUUUCCCACGAUAGCAAAGAUGUACCGUGAAGAAGGGUGGAGGGGCCUCUUUCGUGGGAACACACUUAAUUGUAUUAGGAUUUUUCCGUAUAGCGCCGUGCAAUUUGCCGUGUUUGAGAACUGCAAGGACUUGAUUUUGAAAUACAGGCGACGUGAACAUCCUGAUGACUUAAAUUUGCUUAGAAGUAACGAGUUGAAUGGAUAUGAGAGGUUGUUUUCCGGUUCUAUUGCUGGAAUUGUGUCUGUAGCAGUCACUUAUCCAUUAGACUUGGUACGAGCUAGAAUAACAGUACAAACCGCAUCCUUGAGUAAGCUUAACAAAGGUAAGCUAGCCGAAGCUCCAUCGGUAAUGCAAACAUUAAAGGAAGUCUACAAAAACGAGGGCGGAUUCCUCGCUUUAUACCGAGGAAUUAUCCCCACCACAUUAGGUGUGGCGCCGUAUGUUGCUAUAAAUUUUGCAUUAUAUGAAAGGCUUCGUGAGUACAUGAAUAGCUCACCACGGGAAUUUUCAAAUCCUAUUUGGAAACUUUCGGCUGGUGCAUUUAGUAGUUUUGUGGGAGGAGUUUUAAUAUAUCCUUUAGACGUACUAAGGAAAAGGUAUCAGGUUGCAAGUAUGGCAGGAGGUGAACUAGGGUUCCAGUAUAGAUCAGUGGGACAUGCCUUAUACUCCAUUUUCAAAAAUGAAGGCUUUUUUGGAGCUUACAAAGGGUUGACGGCUAACCUAUACAAAAUUGUGCCAUCCAUGGCCGUCAGUUGGUUAUGCUACGACACCAUUCGUGAAUGGAUAAAAAUUUGGUAA